AUGGUGACGGACGCCUUCUCCUACAAACCCAUCAUUGUCAAUGCGGGGGUGUACAAUUGUAUCACGUGGCUGCGCCAAAUUUACUACGCCAUUUCCACCACUUCUACCGAAGUGGCUUAUUUCACCUACAUGUAUGCCAACAUUGAGAAAAGUGAUUACAAACGGGUGACGUCCUACACGCAUUCGGCCGUGCAUUUUGGCGAGUUCAUUUCCGGUGUGACGGGUCAAGUCCUCAUCUCCUUCAACCUCAUGGACUUUGAGGAGCUCAACUAUCUCAGUUUAGGGGGUGGGGUGGGUGCCGUCUUGUUUUCGAUCAUGCUCCCACGUGUCCUAAGGGACGUGGAGGAAGAAAAGGCGCUCAAGCAAGAGGAGCCGGAACAACAACCCAUGACUGAAAGUGAAAAAGAGGCCGGGAAGGGUGAGGAAGCUCCAUCUUCCCUGCCCAUUCCGAGGGGCCUCGAUUACACGAGGAACGUGGGGCUAGCAAAGCAACCCUCAAAUAUUCAACGGUGGCGGGAAGCCCCCACCCACUGGAAGAACAAUUUCCUCUACGCCUACACGAACCGCGACAUUGUCAAGUGGUCCGUUUGGUGGGCGACGGCGUACGGGCUCUACAUCCAGGUCGAUCUCUACGUGGAGGGACUCUGGAAAGAGAUUGAGCACCACAGCCAUCAAAAUGUAUACAACGGCGCGGUCCACGCGUCCCACGCAAUCAUCAGUGUCGUUCUCGGUCUAAUUAUCGGAAGGACGAAGAACUGUUGGAUCAAGUGGGGUUCUCUCGUCUUCGGCGUGUCCACCGUCCUUCAAGGCGUCGCGUUGUUCGUUAUGGCGAAAACGCACGACUUGUACGUCGCAUACGGAAUGUUUAUCCUGUUUCAAGCCUUCUUCCAGGUUUUGGUCAUUAUUGCAAAAUCUCAAGUCGCGGAAUCCAUCCGGGAAAAAAGUGAAGCCUUCAUCUUCGGCAUGAACACUCUGGCGGCGACCCUCAUCCAUCUCCUGCUCACCAUGGCGGUCACCUCGCGGCACGGGUUCCACCUCCAGAUUCGCGACCAGUACGUCGUCUACGGCGUGUACGCCGUCCUCUUCGGUGUCGCAUUUGGGUGCUACGACCUGCCCAGAAAAUUAGCCGGUAAAACGAAACCUUGGAGCACCCUGGGGAGAAAUAGUUUGCACCGAGGCGUCAAAGUGCGGGGCGAUAAGGAGGAACAUGUCGACGGUGAAAAUGAUAAGGAAAUGCAGACAAUUUCCGCAAGUAUUCCGAGAGAAGACUGA